GCUUUUUCUGCACCACACAGCCUUCGGUUUGAGUAGUGAGGUGUAUAGGAGAGAGAGGGAAAGCGAGAGCGCGCGCGAGAAACUGCACUCAUUUUGGCUCAGCGCAAGGAGCCACUCUCAGUCGAACUGAAUGUUACCGCGUUCCAAAAUGGCCGACCACGGGGACACAGUUUCCCCGGCAUGUUCCUCUAGCGCUACACGCUCGGACCAACGUCAGAGCCUCGAUUGAAAAGAAAAAUAUAUUCUCUCUGACUCACUCAAAUGAAUUUAACCCCUGAAUCACCCGUUCCCACGGCGAGAGGCGUUGAGCAUCAUCGACAUGCUGCAAAACUAGCGUUCGAGACACAUGUGGACACUGCGGUGAAACCGAAUGGCGGCGAGGGGCGGCAGGUGCAGGGCUAUCCAGGCAGCAUCAGGAGGGAAUGCACGUCUGUUCAACAUGUGAGCAGUUCAUUCAUUAGCGAAUAUCUUUAGUCGGUGGCAUCAAUAAGGCUUGACAUUAUGUCACAUACUGGGAUACACAACCGUUUUUGGUAUUUAAUUAGUUGUCAUCCAACGCAGUCUCUAUAAAUUGUCUUAAAAUGUUAGUGACAGCUGUGCUCCAUCAGCAUGGGUGUUAUUUAAUGAUAUCGCGCGCAUUGGCUUGACACUGUGUGGACGAGCACGCGGACGCUGUAUUGCGCGUCUCAGCUGUUUCGGGACCUGAGCGCCUUUGCGCUGAUUAUACAAAGCAACAUAAAACUCGACAGGCAGUGGACAUCCUGCUGCAAGGAUUGUAUUUCUUCUCGGUUUUGUUUCAGUUGUUUGGGAGGAACGCGUUGCGACUAUCAGCGACAAAAAAAAUCAAUAAACAUCUGCUCGGUUUUAACUCGUAAAAAUCACAGAUUUCUUGAGUUGGAACGUCGAAUUUGGAGAUUUAAACGACUUUGAUGUUUUGGGACGUAUUCUACAUAUCGCCUCGUUAUCGCGCAGCUGUACGCGUUGGAGACGCUCGAUUGUCUUCAAGGACUGUCUGGGCAAUAAGUGUGAAACCGCUCGUGAGUAAACGACAAACGCGUGCAUGAAACAUUGAUGAUAGAUGUGAUUAUUUUACACUGAAGAGAGAUUUGGGUUCAUAUAAUGGAAUAUAGGUGUAGAGAGGCACAGUAUGUGUUAUGAAAUAAUCAAAUGUGUUGAACGGACUUUGCAAUGAGUUGAAAUACAUCAUGCGUGGGAAAUCCAGGUGAUGACUUAAAAUGUAUAAUGAUAAGCAAUAUUAAUGGCUUGAAUGAAGAGAUCUUGCUAUUGUAAUUAGGGUGCAAAGAAGAGAGAAGGGGGAAUUGGGUUGUUCUGAAAGACAUGCGCACACCUCCCAGAAGCCAAUUUAGUAUUGCAGUGGAUUUAUCAGAAGAACUUUAGUCCCUCUCUCUCUCUUUCUCUUUCUCUCUCUCGCUCCUUCUCUACACCUUUCCAUCUCGAUCGCCUCUGGAAUAGAAUGACUCCUGACGAAAAUGUCUCCCAAACACUUCAGUCUGGAAUAUGAGUCAUGAAUAUACAGCCAGAAAACAGCUGCAGUGCUUCAACUCCACAUUUCAAAGAGAAACGGAAGAGGAUGUGCACCAGAGAAAUGGACGAAAAGGAAAUCUGCUUUCCUUCCUGUUUAAUGGAUAUUUGCUGACUUGGCUUUUUGGGAUGCAUCCUUACCUUGGACUUGAAAUGCUGAGAAUGUUCUGUGACUGCCGAAUUAGUUUUUUUUUUCUUUCUUUUUUCAUUUUACCUAUUUAGAGUAAAUCUAGCUGAAUGACUGAUGAAAUUCAUUUUCACAAACCGGCUUUGAUCUCAAUUUCAUGAUUUCUUGGUGGCAGUGGAAAAAUGGCACACUUGACAGAAGAAUAGCAAUGCACACUUACACAAACACAUGCUCACACCCAUUGUGAACAAGUGAGCAAACCCUCUCAUUAUCAUCAUCAUCAUCAUCAUCAUCCUUUACAUGUGAAUACAAAUUCCCAAAAUGGAAUUCCCUCAUCACUUUCCAGUAUUUUGACAUCGGAAGCUGAAUCUAACUUUGAGGGAAUCUCAGAUUAAAACCACUGACUUUUUUACCCUGUUCACCCAACUCUAACUCCAACACAUUUCCAUCUCCCCCCCCCACCCACUCCACGUGGGGGGGAGAGCUUCCUCCUACAGGGUGAUCCCAGAAGCUUGUCCCAGCAAAAGGUGACUGUCGUGCAGGUGUCCAUCAACAUGGAUGCUGGCCAGGGCAGCCCAGAGAGCCCUAACCGGGCAGUGGAGUACCUGCUGGAGCUCAAUAACAUCAUUGAGAGCCAACAGAAGCUUCUGGAAACUCAACGGCGGCGCAUCGAGGAACUGGAAGUGCAGCUGGACCGACUCAGCCAGGAAAACAAAGACCUGAGGCUGGACAGACAGCCCUGCCCACCCCCACCUCCACCUCCCAUCCACCCUGUCCAGCCACCGACGUCCCACGCUGCAACCUCCACCGCCAUUUACGCCAAUCUGAGCCACAACAGCGGGCCCAUCCCAAUACCCAUCCCGGCUCCGGCGCCCCCACCUCCACCGCCACCCGUGCCACCACGGGAUCGCCGUGUCAAUGCCAACACGCACACAAGGCUCGGCCAAAGCCUGUCAGCUGGACCCAAUUCCACGGAGAGAGAAAGGGACCGAGAUAGGGAACGAGAAAGAGACGGUGCUGCUACCAGUUUGGGAAGCUCUCUGCAGAAACAGCCAGAAGGAGACUCCUCCAACAAAGACAGUGUGGAGGGAGAUCCUCAGUGUACGGACACAGCUAGCUUUUCCGAUAGCACCUGCAGUCAGGGCCCAUACCUGGGCAACUCAGACCGCUACGGGAACAUCCGAAACAUUCCCGGCCCUCAGGGGCCUCCUGUGGCCCCUUCAAGCCCAGCGAGCCUGGCCUGGGCGCAACGGACCCGCCACCAACCCGCCAGCCUGGCACUCCGCAAGCAAGAGGAAGAAGAGAGCAAGCGCUGCAAAGCGCUCUCUGACAGCUAUGAGCUCUCCACGGACCUGCAGGACAAGAAGGUGGAGAUGCUGGAGAGGAAGUAUGGCGGUUACUUCCUGAGCAGGCGAGCGGCUCGCACAAUUCAGACAGCAUUCCGGCAGUAUCGCAUGAACAAGAACUUUCAACGGCUGCGCAGUUCUGCCUCAGAAAGCCGAAUGACUCGCCGGAUCAUCCUGUCAAACAUGCGUUCGCAGUACUCGUUUGACGAGCGACAGCCACAGGUUCAGCCCCAGAUGCCUCAGCAGCAGCAAGGUCGAUAUACCAGCCAUCACACUUCGACUCUAGGAACAGCUGGCCAGGCAGGAACCACAGGCACACAGCAGGACACUGACUCACCCGGACACUGUCCUUCAGACAGAGAGGAGUACUCGCAUGCAGAUGACGCCUUCAAUAAACAGGUGACCUCUCUGGCUGACUCUAUGGACGACACUCUCACGUGUCAGUCAGGCAGAGGAGAUUCUCAAGAUGGUGGUGGGGGAGGCGGCGAGGAGAGCGAGGAUUUCGGCGAGUGUGUGUGGAGCAACAAACCUACCUCGCGUAGGGGGGUCAUGGGAGAGCAAGAGCGUCUAGGGGUCAUGCAUGAGGACAGCACAGCCACCUCGUACAGCGAUGUCACGCUUUAUAUGGAUGACGGCAUGCCGUGUUCUCCGCUAUCUAUCGAGCGGGUUCCCUCUAGCACGGACACAGAGUACUGGGGUGUCAGCAGUGGGGUUGGAGGCCGUGAAGACAGCCGGGAAACGGAGGGUGGUGGGAGCAAUAACAGCCGGCGAAGCACACCGUGCACCGAAUGCAGAGAUUUCCGCUUGCGUGGGUCACACCUUCCCGUUCUUACCAUAGAGCCGCCUAGUGACAGCUCCGUUGACAUGAGCGACCGUUCCGAUCGAGGCUCCCUCAGCAGACAGCUGCUUUACGAGCAGGAGCCUGCAACGGGUGGAUCGCCCCAAGGGACUCUCAAACACAACCCAGCAACUCGCACGCCAAAUCCUUGCGCAGCACAGGGCCAGACGCGACCCCCUGGUCGCCCCAUCCCAUCCCCUCUGCCUACACACUUACCGCACCACGCUAUGAUGCACCACCAUCACCACCCACAUCUUCACCAUCCACUGCACCACCACCCUUUGCCACACAUCCAUCACCCCUACCCAGACCCCACGUCUCCCUCACCCACCCAACCCCCACUCACACCCCUCUCUUCCUCAUCCUCCGCGCCCCUGCCCACUACUGGCCUGGAGCACUCGGAUGGGGACAAUGACUCCCUGAACUCCACCACCAACUCCAACGAGACCAUCAACUGCAGCUCAGGCUCUUCGUCUAGGGACAGUCUAAGGGAACCAUUGCCUCCUCUAGGAAAACAGACCUAUCAGAGAGAGAGCAGGCAUAGCUGGGACUCGCCCGCCUUCAACAAUGACGUGGUGCAGAGAAGGCAAUACCGCAUCGGACUCAACCUCUUCAACAAGAAACCAGAGAAGGGGAUCCAGUAUUUGAUAGAGAGGGGUUUUGUAUCAGACACACCUGUGGGCAUUGCACGCUUCAUCCUGGAGAGAAAAGGCCUAAGUAGACAGAUGAUCGGGGAGUUUCUGGGAAAUCGACAAAAACAGUUCAACAAGGAUGUGUUGGACUGUGUGUUGGAUGAGAUGGAUUUCUCCGGUAUGGAUCUGGAUGACGCCCUGAGGAAGUUUCAGGCUCAGAUUAAGGUUCAGGGGGAAGCCCAGAAGGUUGAGAGACUGGUAGAGGCCUUCAGUCAGAGAUACUGCGUGUGCAACCCUGCACUCGUCCGCCAGUUUCAGAACCCAGACACUAUCUUCAUCCUGGCAUUUGCCAUCAUCCUCCUCAACACAGACAUGUACAGCCCCAACGUCAAAGCUGAGAGGAAGAUGAAGCUGGAGGAUUUUAUUAAGAACCUUAGAGGAGUUGAUAAUGGACAGGACAUUCCCAGGGAUAUGUUAGUGGGCAUCUACCAGCGCAUUCAGAAAUGGGAACUCAGGACAAAUGAUGAUCACGUGUCUCAAGUGCAAGCUGUGGAGAGGGUCAUCGUGGGCAAGAAACCUGUGCUUUCUCUGCCACAUCGCAGGCUAGUGUGCUGUUGUCAGCUGUAUGAAGUCCCUGACCCCAAUCGACCGCAGAGGAGUGGAGUUCACCAGCGGGAGGUCUUCCUCUUUAAUGACCUGCUAGUGAUAACUGACAAUCUCAGACAGGUAACAAAGAUUUUUCAGAAGAAGAAGACGUCUGUGACGUACAGUUUCAGACAGUCUUUUCCCUUGGUGGAGAUGCAGGUUCAUAUGUUCCAGAACUCCUACUAUCCUCACGGUAUCAGACUGACAUCAGCAAUGCCCGGCAGUGAGCGUAAAGUUCUGAUUGUGUUCAACGCGCCAAGCCAGCAGGACCGAACACGCUUCACCAGCGACCUGCGUGAGAGCGUCGCUGAGGUUCAGGAUAUGGAGAAAUACCGUGUAGAGUCUGAGUUAGAGAAGCAGAAAGGUGUGAUGCGUCCAGGGCUCCUGAGUGGAGAUGUGGGCGGGGUUGGCGGAAUGAAGACCGAGGCUGUGAACGGCACUCUGGGAAGGCCCAGUCUGGAUGACACGUACGCAGCAGGGGAGGGGCUUAAACGAACAGCACUUAGCUCCUCACUGAGAGACCUCUCUGAGACAGGAAAGCGAGGCCGUAGAAACAGUGUUGGCUCUUUGGAUAGUACCAUUGAAGGAUCCAUCAUUAACAGUCCUCAGCCGCAUCAGCGUAUGCCCAUGGGGGGCGCUGUUCCCAGCUGCUACGGGCUGGAAGACUACCGGCCUCACCGCCCCAUCCUGAGCCCCGGAGUAGGGGUGGGGGGUGGGCCGGGGCAGCUUCACAACGCCGUAGGCAAUAUUGGGGGGGUCCCUGGCAUCAACGAUCGAGGUGGGGGACCGGGGAGCAGUUCUGGAGGGAGCAAUUCCGGUUCCUUCCUGGGCUCCCUGUUUGGGAGCAAGCGCGCCAAACCCCCUGCUCCCCUUACUCCCCCCGGGCCACAUUACCCGGCUCCCGUGCCACCUCCUACUACAGGAGGACCGCCACCUCCAUCCCCCUCCGCCCUCAGCCAGUCAGACCCCGGUGGCCCGUCCAAGAUCCAAGCGCUGCACGCUCAGUACUGUCACAACAACUUUGGGCAGCCUCCGCCCCCCUACCACCAUCAUCAUCGGUUCCACAUGCAGGUGGCCGCCCCUGGCCAUCCACCCGCUAUCCAUCACACCUUACAACGAGGGUCCCUCCCGCGACGCGGGCCGCCCGCUCCUUCACACGCCCAGCUCCAGCAGCAACUAUCCCAUCAUGCUAUGCAGCAAGGCCGCUACGCCAAUAUGGCCUGCACCCCUCCGCCUCUGUCCCCGCAUUCGCCCCAUUCACCCAUCGGUCCUUUCAACUUCUACCACGUGCACCCCAAUACCAUACGCCACGUACGGGUGCCCGGGCCUACCGGCAAGCUUCCUCUCACUCUGUCUCAUUCGCAACCCCACCCUCACGCCCACUCCCACGUUCACUCUCAUACCCACAGCCAUCCCGUCCACGCCCACAGCCCCCACCCCUUACUGCAUCACUCCGCCCAUCAAACUCAUUUCGUUUUCUCGCCGCCCCCUCAGGCGCCAUCCGCCAUCACCGCCCGGCACAUACCCCAGGGCCCCGCCCACUACAUACCGCAGUACCCGCCCCUCUCCUCCAUUCCGCCUCCUCCACCACAUUCCCCGUUACCUCCUCCUUCGUCACCACAUACCCCUCUCACCCCACUUACCCCGCUCUCUCCCCUAGCCCCGCAGCUCCCAGGACCCAUGGGGUCGCAGUCGGGCGGCCCAGGGGGCGGAGGAGGAGGCGGAGCCAGCAACAGCAGCACAGUCGGCAGCUCCAAAUCCAAACCUAUCAACCGCAUCAGCACGGUGGUGUGAGGGUGAGCCGCGGCAGAGGGCGCAGAGUCUCAACGCGGAAGCGCCGGAGCCCAGGCAAGAGGAAGCAUACCAUACUCAGACUCUGUUACUUCCACAUCCGCUUCCCUCACGUGUAGAGUGGGAAACCUGGCCGGCUACAUGCUCAUUGCUAGCCUGAAUGGCCUCUUGCUGUCCGCCGCCAUUCAAAACAAAGGCUGUGUAACAGCAUAAAAUCUCCGACUGAAGAUCUGAGGAGCCUGAUGGAGACAAUGGUGAAGCAGAUGAAGUGUUUUUAAGAGUUUGAGUUGAAUUUGACUUGCAUUGCUGCCAAAGGAAGAGGUUACAGGAGAUAAGGGGGUGCCAAUUUAAGUCAGACUGAUGAAUUUAAGAUUCAGUGUAAGAAGAUGAUGAUGAUGGUGAACUCUUCAAACACUCAACAUGGACACAUAACCGGACAGAUGAGUGCAAAAUAUAAAAGAAACUGAACUUUUUUUCAUCUGUAGUCUUUUCAGUUUCCAUGUGUCUCAGAUGACAAUCAUUUCAGGGUCAGUCAGAAUUUUUGCUUGAUACAUUCCUCAACAUUGUCAAAUGUAUUCCUCAGCGUGUAAGAAGGGCCAGCAUGCAUUUAGAGGGAUGCCAAACACUAUAUUUUGAUUCUUUUAAACUUUCAUUUUGACUUGUGAGUGAAGGGAUGGGGUGGGAAUUGCUGAAAAAAGUUUACUUAAAUAUACUUGGUAAAAAAAAAAAAAAAAAAAAUCACUAUUUUGGAACUAUUUGAAAAAUGUUUUUGCUUUUGUUUUGUUUUUGUCUUGAAGAGGCUGGGCAUCAGGUUUGCAAUAAGUCAGCCAUAACAGUAAAAAAAACCUUUUUGAAGACCUCAGUGAAGUCAUUAUGUCAUGUGCGCCUUUCAUUUAUUAAACAGAAUGUGUAGAAAGAGAUUUAAAUUGUUUGGUAGAUAUUUCUUUUUUCUGUUCUAUAAGACAAUUAAGUCUCACCUAAUGGAACAAACCUAAAUGUAAUGUACACAAAAGAGUCAUGACUAAUAGCGACCAAUAAUCAAGACAUAGAUAAAUAGAAAAAUCAGCACUGCAUUUGUUUUGAUUUCCUGCCACCUGUUACCUCAGCAUCUCUCCUUCCCUUUUAGCAUUGUCAUUUCACUAUUAUUUUUGUCUUAUUUAAACAAUCUCACCUGACCAAUGAAACAUUUUAUUUGGCAAUUCAUUACAUAACCUUAGUGCCUACUGUAAAGGUUUGUCAUUGGAGGUUCAGGAUCAGUGGUUACAUUGUGAUACACCUGGAUAUUUUCUCUGGAUGACCUGAUGGAGGAGCAGGGUGUUCAUAGAGAGUGUCAUUGAAUCUUUGAAAUGAAUUCUGUACUUAUGGACUUGCGGUUGAAAUGUGUUACAGAUAUCUUAAAUAUUUAGAAGUAACUCAAUUUUAAAAAGAACAUCUGGAUAUGGGUGAUUUUAAUGGGUGACUUUAUUACUAUUAUGAUGUCAAAUACUACUGAUAUAAUUCUUGCUUUUUUGGUGUAAAAGCUACUGCUAAUAUAACACAUGGAUAUGUUUUAGCAGAGUGCCGUGCUGAGUGUUUUCUAAGAGCUUUUUUUAGACGGACCAACAGGCUAGGUUUUUUUUGUGUACAAUUAAUGUUUAGCCAACUAAUUGGACUGCUGAUUUCAGGUAAAUGUUUUGCAGCAAGUUUAUAAAACUAUAUUAUCCACAUAAAAGCUGUAUGAUCCAUGUAAAACUUGUCGUUGCCAGAAGCCAUACACACUUGAGCAACUCGCUCUUUUAAUAUUGUGAAUUUUGCUGAGUUGCAUGUCCAAUGUCAGUGCCCUCUUAUUUUUUUAUAUGAAAGCUGUUUAGAGGACUUAUGUUCAUGCACACACACUCAUUUACACUGAGAGACUGUAAAGCAUCUUUAAUUGUGAAUUGCUGAAAGUUUCUGGUUUUGCACAUACACAAGUUAAAAAUCAUCAGUGCCUAGGAUCCAAAGUUCCAUCUGCGUCCCUCCAAACAGUCCCUAUCUCUUUCUGCUUACCCCCUUCGACAACCAAAAUGGGCCGUUCUCUCUCCAUUAAGCAGAAUCAUUUACAGUAUUACAUUAGUGAUGAUGUUUGUGUUGAGGAGUUAUUUUUAUACUUAUAAAAUUUUAACAUUUUUUAAAAGUCCUACAAGGAUGAAAACAUCCUAAAUAAGAAUAUUAAUCUCUGCUGCUAGGCCCAGCCCUUUAUUUUAUUUUUACUAUUUUCUUUGCCUGUAUGAAAUACAUUUAGUCGAACUACAAUAACGUUUAUUCAGGUAAUUGAUUCCAGUACUUCAAAUCUGCUAGCAUUAUCCAUAACUGGAAUCCUUAAGGCCCUUGUAGACAAACAGGAGCUCCAUGUCCCUGUUCAUUAGCUGUGGCGUGAUCUGAAUUUAGAGGGCCGUUCAACACAUUUCACAUUUUUUUCCUAUGGGUGGUAUUGCUUCUCUCUAACUCUAACGCUUUGCUCUUGUGCUUGUAUUAAAGAGUCCUGAGUGCUGGGGCAUGCUGAGCUCAAACACAAAUAAAGCAGAGAUAUAUGAUGUUAAAAAAAAGAAAAAAAAGAAAUCGAUCCAGUAGUUUUUUGAGACGCGUGUUCUGGUUUCUGACACGCUAAUGUCUUGCGCCACCGUGCCCCGUGUUGCAUGUCUGCACUUACUGUAGCUGAAUGAUGCUGUAUAAACCUGAAUGUAUAUAUUAGCUAAUAUAAAUAUGCCAUAUUUACUCUGCACUUGACUGAGGAAUCAAUAUCUGGCUGGGAAUGGGAACAUGAACCAUUGUUUACAUUUUAAGGACCUGGGAAUGGGGGGCUUGGAACGAAUUGUAAUUGUAAAAUUGUAUCAGUAUGUGUGUGUAAGAGCAGUUCCUAUAUUUAAAAUGAUUAAUUGUAUGAAGUUUUAUUUGUAUAUAUGUAUGAGGUUUCGAUGCAGAACUAAUUCAGAGAAAUUAUGUGAUUAUUUAUUGCUCUCAUUCUAUAAAACAUGUUCUUGCUGUUG